AUGUCCGAGCAGCCCUACGAUCCCUACAUCCCCUCUGGGUCCAACGGGGCCAGCGCCAGUGCUGCGCAGAAUGGCGACCCCAGGACGAGGGAAAUCGACAAAAAAAUCCAAGAAACUGUCGACACAAUGCGCUCAAACAUCUUCAAAGUUUCGGAACGUGGUGAACGUCUAGACUCUCUCCAGGAUAAGACGGACAAUCUGGCCGUAUCAGCCCAGGGAUUCCGCAGAGGCGCCAACCGCGUGCGGAAGCAAAUGUGGUGGAAGGACAUGAAGAUGCGCGUGUGCCUCAUCAUCUGUAUCAUUAUUCUGCUUGUAGUGAUUAUCGUCCCUACUGUUGUCACCACCAGACAUUAA